UGUAUUUUCUUCCGUGUUUUGAUGAGAACAGCACUAAAAUUAGGAAUUAAUGAGUAAAUUGAAUGAAUAAUGUGACAGUUAAUGUCUGUAAAAAUGGAAGUUGCUGUUAUUGUUUUGCAUUUCGUUAAUUUUCUGUUUAUAUCGACAGUGGCUGGAAAUAUCCAAGACAGAUUAAGAUAUUUUGAAACUCUGAAGACAACAGAUUUUACACACAGGGUCAAAAGGUCAAUAGAUCCAGAUCCUUACAGCUCUUCACACAUUACAGAGGUGAAGGUCACAACACUUGGAAGAGAGUUUCACCUGUACCUGAAACCAUCCAAUAUACUGUCUUAUGGUUUUAAAGCAUCCAUUGUCGGAGGGAACGGUAUAUCACAUCCCUUCCAUAUAAACAGAGGCUCACUCUUAACUGGUAAUCUAGCAGGUGAUACCAGUGCUGUUGCUAAUGUGAAUUACGAAGAAAAUGGAGCCCUUCUUGCCAAUAUUGUUACGAAAGAGGAUACAUAUAUCAUUGAGCCAUCUUGGAGAUUAUUACCAGAAUCUGAUAACCACACAAUGGUGUCGUAUAAAAAAUCUGACAUGAAGUUUGAGUAUUCUGAUGAUGGACAACACAUACACCCUGUAUGUGGCAUAAAGGAGGGAGAGAAAGAUGAUGAAUUACAUGGCAGGAUAGAAGUUCCAGGCAGUGAAUCUCAGAGAUACAGACGCCAGGCCUCACCCUACCUUGCAGAGAGAACAACUUGCCAGUUAAUGGUUGUUGCUGAUUACAAGUUCUUCAAACAUAUGGGAGGAUCUUCCGCAGCAGCAACAGCGUUAUAUUUAAUAAAUGUAAUACAGUUUGUGAACACAAUUUAUCGUCAAACACAAUUUGAUGUUGCCUCGGGCAGUAUGAUUGGUGUUGGUUUUGAAAUCGGAGAGAUGAGAAUUCACAACGAAUCAUACCCUGCAACAACAACAUUACAAGGGAAAAAUCAUUAUAAUAUUGAAAAAGGAAAAUGGGAUACAAAAAACUUAUUAGAGGCAUUUAGUUUUGACCAGUACUUCAGGAAAUACUGUUUAGCACAUUUGUUUACAUAUCGACAAUUUGAUGAUGGUGUGCUUGGGUUGGCCUAUAUUGCCUCAGAAAGAAGGGCUGCAGUUGGUGGACUCUGUUCAAAAUUAUACCCUAAAUAUGCAGGUGUGACCAUGACGUUAAACACUGGAUGGAGUUCCUCUCAGAACUCAGCUGGACACAGAUUGCUGGCUCUACAGGCACAACUUGUUACAGCUCAUGAGUUUGGUCACAACAUGGGCAGUGAACAUGAUCCAGAAACAGACGACUGUGCACCCUCAGAGUACAAGGAUGGAAAAUACAUGAUGUAUCCAUGGGCAGUUAGUGGAUAUGAUAAAAAUAACCAGCUGUUUUCACCUUGCAGUAAAGCUUACAUCUUUAAAGUCCUGAAAGUGAAAGGGUAUAACUGUUUUAUAGAGGGUCGAGGUGACGGAGCAUUCUGUGGGAAUGGUAGAAUAGAUGCGGACGAGGAAUGUGAUGCCGGAUACCAUACAAAGAACGAUGAUGACCUGUGCUGUAACGAGCAGUGUAAAUUACGUGCUGGAAUGAAAUGCAGUCCAAUGAACUAUGGUUGCUGCUCACCCUUGUGUCAACCUGCAGACACGAGUGUGACCUGUCGUCCUGCUCUAGAAGGUUCCUGUCUCGAUGAAAUCAAGUGCGAUGGUAUCCAUAUAACCUGUCCCAAUAUCACCAACAACAUUCAAGAUGGAACAGACUGCAUUGACCAAGGGAAGUGUAAGGAUGGACAGUGUCAGAAUUUCUGUGAAAGAUAUGAUGUGGAUUUAACACCAUGUAUAUGUGCAGAGGAUACAGGAAAAGCUUGCCAUAGAUGUUGUCGCCAUAAAUAUCAACAGAGCACAUGUGAAAGUAUAAAUAAUACAUUAUUACCCGAUGGACGGCCAUGUUAUCAAGGAAUUUGUAAUCAGGGCACAUGUCAGAAGGUGAAGCGUGAUAUGGUUCAGAGAUUAUUUAACAUUAUAGAAGAUAUUUCAAUUGAUCAGUUAGUUGAGUUCAUGAGAAGUAAUAUAGUUGGUACUGUGAUAGUAUUGUCCUUGUUACUAUGGAUACCAGCAAGCUGUACUAUCAGUUUUAUUGAUAAAAAGAAUAACAGAAAAGAAAAAGCCAAACGAAAUUGGAUGAGUAGAUCUAAUAGAACAUUAUUUAUGGAAGAGGAUUUCAAAGUUAGAAGAGUUCCAAAUAUACGUGCACCAAAACAUUCUAUAGCAGUUAGAAAUCGUGACUCAGCGGAGCCAACAGUACGUUGGCCUGAAGGAACAUUUGAGCACCAAAGUCGGCCAAUGCCACGGCCAAUUAACCCAGCAAUAUUACCGAGACCGGUUCAACCGGUGAAACCAAUGCCAUUCUCUGAGGCCACUGCUGGCUUUAUUAACUCUAAUACAGAAGCACUAGAUAUCGGACCUGAUUUGAAAGACCCUGAUAAGGAAACACGUGUCUGAUCAUUGUGAAAUAUUGGAGACUUCUGAUAGAAAAUUGGAAAUUAAGUGGAUGAAAAAUCAGGGAAUAUGUGUCUUAUAUCAAGUGAAAUUUAGGAUUUCAGUAGAUAAAAUUCUGGGAUGUUUAUGAAAUUUUCUUUUUAAAGAAGUAUUAAGGUUUAAGACUUUAGAAUAUGUGGAUUGGCAUUUAGACAGGAAAUGUGUUAGAAUAUUUCAAAAUAAGAAAACUAAAAUGUUGUAUCUCAGAAGUUCUGUCUGGAUGUAUAUGUUAUGAGUUUCUUGUAUUGUUGAUUGUUUGUAUUGAUUUACAUUUUUUUAUUGGAAACAUAUUGUUCUAUUUGAUAAACCAAUUAUAUUUAUUGUAGAUUUGGAAUACAUACAUAAAUCUGUAACGGUUUGACAACAAAAUCUGUUAAUGUAAUUCAUAAUUUGGUUUUGUAUUUUGAUGUUAUGCACAAUUUCUUUAAAGGUCUGAUUUAAAUGAAAAUUAAUCGUUAUAGCAUUCAUUGUUUAUCCUGUAUGUAUGCAUAUUAAUGUUAUGCUUAAUUUUACUUAUUUAUAGGGAGGGAAUUAUAAACAGUAUUUUUACAAAAUGGAAGAAAACAGCUUUGAUUUGGUAUUAAGAUCAGUAAAAUUAGGCUCAAGAAUUGUUGUGACAUAAAUAUUAAGUACUUAAAAAGCUGAAUAGCAUGUAAUUGGACACAGAAAACUUAAUGAAAUAUAAAGUGCUUACAAAUUUUAUUGGCAGCAAUCUACAGAAGUGCCAAACAUUAUUUUGAAUUCCAUUAUUGUGUACAUAUAUUCAAAAAUGUUUUGCUUCGGAAAAGUAAGGGGGAUAAAUCUUCCUUGUUAUCACUCAGGCAGAGCACAAAUUAUAGAUCUAUAUUAAAUUUAUCUUACCUAGAUUCUAUGUAUUCUCUAUUUGUCUAUACAGCAACAUAUUCUUUUUCUUGCCUACAGCCUUUGAAGUGUUAUAUAAAGAAGAAAAAAGAAAGAAGAAAGUAAAAUAGCCAAGAUUUAAUUUUAUAUAUAGGUUCAACACAUUUUACCACUGUGAAAGUGCCUUCUCUGCAUCCUUAAAUAUAUCCACGAACUUGUCUACAUGGUUAAAUUUUUGUUUCUGUAGUUAUAAUGUUAUAAUUACAAACUUUCUGCUCACUGAAUUAAAGAGGGUAAUGAUAAUGGUUGUGUCCCAUGUUUGUUUUUAGCUCACCUGAGCACGAAGUGCUCAAAGGUGAGCUUUAGUGAUCGCCCUGUGUCCGUCGUCCAUCCGUCCGUCCGUCGUCAACAAUUUGACUGUUAACACUCUAGAGGUCACAUUUUUGGCCCAAUCUUAAUGAAACUUGGUCAGAAUGUUACCCUCAAUAAAAUCUUGGACGAGUUUGAUAUUGGGUCAUCUGGGGUCAAAAACUAGGUCACCAGGUCAAAUCAAAGGAAAAGCUUGUUAACACUCUAGAGGUCACAUUUUUGGCCCAAUCUUAAUGAAACUUGGUCAGAAUGUUACUCUUAAUAAAAUCUAGGACGAUUUUGAUAUUGGGUAAUCUGGGGUCAAAAAUUAGGUCACCAGGUCAAAAUAAAGGAAAAGCUUGUUAACACUAUAGAGGUCACAAUUUUGGUCCAAUCUUAAUGAAACUUGAUCAGAGUAUUAUCCUCAAUAAAGUAUUGGACGAGUUCGAUAUUGGGUCAUCUGGGGUCAAAAACUAGGUCACCAGGUCAAAUCAAAGGAAAAGCUUUUAACACUGUAGAGGCCGCAUUUAUGACUGUAUCUUCAUGAAACUUGGUCAGAAUGUUAAUAUUGAUGAUCUUAAGGUUCAGUUUGAAUCUGGGCCAUGUAGGAUCAAAAACUUGGUCACCAGGUCGAAUCAAAGGAAAAGAUAGUUUACACUGUAGAGGCCACAUUUAUGACCAUAUCUUAAUGAAACUUAGUCAAAAUGUUAAUCUUGAUGAUUUAUAGCUCAAGAUCAAAUCUGGGUUAAGUGGGGUCAAAAACUAGGUCACCAGGUCAAAUUAAAGGAAAAGCUUGUUAACAAUCUAGAGGCCAUAUUUAUGACUGUAUCUUCAUGAAACUUGGUCAGAAUGUUAAUAUUGAUGAUCUUUAGGUCAAGUUCAAAUCUGGGUCAUGUCGGGUCAAAAACUAGGUCACCAGGUCAAAUCAAAGGAAAAGCUAGUUAACAUUUUAGAGGCCACAUUUAUGACCAUAUCUUAAUGAAACUUGGUCAGAAUGUUAAUCUUGAUGAUCUUUAGGUCAAGUUAAAAUCUGGGUCAGGUGGGGUCAAAAACUAGGUCACUAGGUCAUAUCAAAGGAAAAGCUUGUUAACACUGUAGAGGCCACAUUUAUGACUGUAUCUUCAUGAAACUUAGUCAGAAUGUUAAACUUGAUGAUCUUUAGGUCAAGUUCGAAUCUGGGUCAUGUCGGGUCAAAAACUAGGUCACGGGGUCAAAUCAAAGGAAUAGCUAGUUAACACUUUAGAGGCCACAUUUAUGACCAUAUCUUAAUGAAACUUGGGCAGAAUGUUAAUCUUGAUGAUCUUUAGGUCAAUAGGUCAGGUGAGCGAUACAGGGCCUUCAUGGCCCUCUUGUUCAUGUGUUAUUUUGUUAAAGGGGCUUGUGUACAGCUCUUUUUGUUAUGCAGAAUGUUCUUUGAUUUGUUAGUAAUUAUUGAGGAAAAGACGAUAGCAACAUGAUUCUGUAAGUAGAGUGUAGAGUGUAAUGAUUAACUCGCUCACCAAGUCUUUUAAAUAUGCAGAUAUUUGUUUACUGCUUUAGUCAUACAUCAAAUGUUUAUGUCAAAUUGAAGACAUUUAGCAAUAUGUCAUAUCGUAAUGAUAAAUUAAUGAAAUAGAUAUUGAUUGAGGAAUGUAUAUUCCUGAGUGGUCAAGGUUGCUGUAUUUUAAUCCAUUCCUCUUGCCUCUGUGAGUUUGGAAUCUCAGUUAAUGUGUAGAAUUAUUUAUGUGUGGAUUCCAAAGCCAUCUGGCAGACGUAAGGUUUGUGGUUCUACAAAGUUGUCCACUUGUGCCUGAAAUAAUGCUUACUUUUUUUUUGAUAGAUCAAUCUUAGUUAUGAUAAAAAUUUGGUGCAGCUUUUUUAGCAACAUAUAGUUAAGUCACAAAAUGGUGUGUUUCUCAUGACAACUACUUGAGUCUUGUAACGUAAAAAAGAGAAAAGGAGAGGUUGUUGGAAAUAUAUGUUUUGCCAAAAAAAUUGGGUUUGAGCCUAGGAGCUGUAAGGGUUGAAUGUCUGUUGGAUUUCCUACAUCUAUCAAGUACAGUUGUGAUUUCAUCCUCACUUGUACCUUUGCGAAGCAUGUCAUAAACUCAACACUGUCAGGCUUUAAGUUAUAAAGAAGCAUAAUAUAGUCUAGUAUUAGAAUUGUUAAUGAAAGAAGACAGCAAACUUAUGUGCAAUAUGCCAUUCAUUUGUAUUUUCUAUAUAAUCAUCUGCUGUUUUGCAUUCAUGUUGUUCUUUGAUUGUCUUUGCGUGUAAUGUAAGGUUACAUAAACUUAGAAAAAGUAUAAGUGUUAGGCAUCCCGUUUCACAAUAUAUGUUUAAAUGCGGAAUAUGGUUUUAAUUAGCCAUAAUGUUCAUUCUGUGCACAACUUUUCGAAGAAUAGUGAGAGUUAUUUUACUCACCAGUAUGUAGGCAUGGGCAUAUUAAUUAACACAUUGGUAAUAGUUUAGUUUGCAAGUUCAUUUCUCGGUAAUCAUUGCUUAUAUUGAAUUGAAAGUUUACACAAGUCUUUCUAGUUAUCAGACAUACUGAAAUAACCAAGUUAGAUAACUGUUGAUUGAAUUAAUGCAAAUUAUGUCCCUUUUUACUAAGAAAAUUUGGUUAAAGCUAACUAACUAGCUGUAUUUGAGUAACAAACUUUACACAAGUCUUCCUAGUUUUCAAACAAACAAAAAAAGAUUUUCUUUAGAUAUCUGGAAAUUAAUGCUAUAUUUCUUAAGAAUGAUUUGAAACUUACUUACUGACAGACUAUAUAUUAUGGAAACACAUGAGAAUUAGUUGUAUUUACUAGUUUUUAAGAUGAAAAUGGAAAAGCGUUUGUAACGCUUUACUCGAGAUAAACUUUCUCGAUUAUAGAUAUCUAUAUUUUAAUGCGUAAUAAACACUAAAUCCUCAUAGGGGUAUUGGUAACGACAGCAGAAAAUUCAUUUGUUGCCACGGCGGUCUGGGUUCGAUUCCCAACACAGUCAUCUUUUUUUCUUAAUUUGGCAUGUUUUAGAUAGUUUAGAAACAAAAAGCCAUAUUCUAAUGUUCAUAAUAUAACUGAACUUCAAUUUGAAGAAAGAUCAUUUUUUUAGCCAAAAUCUGGAGGCCAGUGCCUUUAAAGUUUUGCAUGCAGCAGUCAAGCUAUUUCUCAGUAAUAGCUACAUAAAUUGGACUCAAACUUCUCCUACCAUUGCCGCAAUAAAUUCAGAUCUGUAAUUAGAUAGGGUCUUUCUGUAUGUAAUUAAUUAUCUGCGUAAGGUUAAAAUGCAAGUCUUGCCAAGCUAUGGCCAUUGUUCCACUUGGAUGUCGGAUAGCCUGCCCACUUAGCCUAAUAGGGAGAACGCAGAUCUACAGGUCACCAGGUAGUGAGUGCCCACCGUUCCAUAAAUGAAAUACUGUUGAAAAACGGCAUUAAACACAAAACAAACAAACGAAAGAUUUUUGGAUAGUCGAGCGUGAUGUAUUAAAAGCAACUCUUAUUAUCAAUUUGAUAAAGCUUAACAAUUGUAUAUGUAAUUCAGGCCGAUACUUAUACAUGUUUGUUGUUAUUUUAUAUUGAAAACAUACAUGCUGAAAUAAGAGAAUGUUUGAAGAAAGUGUGUCUUUCAAGAAGACUUGCAUAAUUAUACAAACCUGUUUAGUUUUCUGAUCAUCAACUUGGUCUACCAAGCUUGUUAUUGUUUAAGGAAUAAUUCGUGCUAGUUUUCAUUUAGUUACAUACAAGUAUACUCGUAUGCAUCUAUUCCAUUUUACACAGAAUUGAAAAGGACAAAAAGAGUAAGGUGUAACAUUUUAAGAACAAAUUAUUAAACAUGUACUUGAAUGCAUUUUUUUUAGAUAUUCUAUUUUUGUAACAUAUAAGGGAAAUGUAAGAUAGGGUAACUGGAUUACAUAAUAUGUCUGGAGAAGCAUUACCAAUUUUGCUUUGUAAGAUUAAAAAUGUAAAGCGUACAAUGUCAGUGCAUUGCACAAAGAAUUGAAAUAUAAUCCAUUUAUAAGGUAUAGAUUAUAAAACAUAACUUGUAAAAAUCUAAAUGCAACUUUAAUACUAAUUAUGACCUUAACAUUAUACAGACUUCAUUGAUACACUUAUAGGUUUAAAUUAGGAAAGAGAUGACUGUGGAAUGUUUGUUUCUAAUAUUUAUUUGUGCAAGCUAUUAAAAAUAAAGUUUCACAAUCUGCAUUAAUUACAUUCAACAGUUUCAAUAUUUUCCUUUUUGUUUGCUAUUAACCAUUUAUUCCUAGUUUUACUUUACAUGUUAGUCAUUCAUUUACAGUGUAUCUUUGCAUUUGUACAGAAAUCAUGUAGUAUUUGUUUCUAGACCACUUAUGUAAAUUUGGUUCUUUCAUUGUAAGAAUAUACUUGUUUUUACAUUUUUUUCUACACAUGAGUUUAGUUUUUAGCUCACCUGAGCAUUCUGGAAUAUGAUUUGAUGACCAUUCAAGGUAUUGACUUUAACCUUGACACAUAGGUAGAGGCGACGAGAAAAUGUGCAGAGUGCAUGAGCUAGGUCAGUAGGUCAAAGGUCAAGGUUACAAAUUUAGCUGAAAGGUGGUAUUUUCUGUCAUUUUUUGAAUAACUGUUCAAGAUAUUGACUUCAUACUUUGCACAUAGGUAGGUGGCUAGAACAAAAUGUACAGAGCACAUGCUUGAUUGGUAGGUCAAAGAUAAAGGUCAUGAAUUUAGCCAAAAUAACAUGUGUCCAUCCUGUUUUUGUCCAGAGCAAAAGUUAAUAACUGUUCAAGGUAUUGACUUCAAAUUUUGCAUAUAAUUAUGUACAUGUAGAUGGCAAUGAGACGAUAUGCAGAGCACAUAAAUUAGGUUGGUAGGUCAAAGGCUAUAGUUACAAAAAAAGCACAAAAGUCAAAUCUGGCCUUCAUAUUUCGUGUCUAGAGCAUGAUGUAAUCCCUGUUAUAUGAUGACCCCUAUUCAAGGUGUUGACUUUAACCUUAGAAUAGAGGUAGGUGGUGAUGGGACAAUGUGCAUAGUGCAGAGGUCCAAAGUUACCAUCCCCUCCCCCGAAUCCAACUUGCACACCCAAAACAAAAUUUUCUUCAAAUUAUACUUCCUCCUCUUAUUUAGACAUUGGCAUAUAUUGCUCUUCAUUGUAUGCCAUAUGGUUCUUUUAGUUUCCCCUUUACACACACCCCUUCCCAAUCUAAUAACCCCGAUUACCAGAUAAACAAUUAUAAUUUAAGUUUUCGUAGUUGGCCCACUUAACUAAGUAGGGAGAGCACAGAUCUAUACUUCGGAUCGUGGGGUCACAAGUCCGAAUCUCGGAAAUCAUAUGAAAUCAUUCGUCCUCCAUUGCUGAUUCAUGUGAGGAAGUUAGUAGUUACUUGUGGAGAACAGGUUUGUAUUGCGGUGCAAAUCCAUGAUUUACUGGAUAGGUUUACAGUCUGCCAUUACAUAACCGAAUACUGUUGAAAUUAGUGUUAAACCCAAAACAAAAGAAACACAGUUUUUUUUUCUUUUUAAAUUGUUUGUGUCAUCCUAUAAUACUUCUUAGUAACCCUUUCCAGUUACAACCGCCACAUCCGAGACAAAAAUAUCAUUCUCUGAUCUCUUUCGGUCUCAGUUUGAGUGUGCUGUCAUUCAAGCAACUCUGUUAACCAUGUCUGUCCCUCCUUUGAUCAUAAAUUGAACAAAGUUUUAAUGUUCUUUGAUUAAAUGAUAAAAUGUGGUAAACAUAUAACUAACAUAUAUUUUUAUGUUAGAUUGUCGUUUCAUUUUAGCGGUUCUGUUGCGUUAUGUCUUUGCACUACAAGUCUGUAAAAUGUUUUAGUGUAGUAUAUUUCUCUGUCUACAUUCCCUCUUAUAGUGCUCAAUUAGUGUAAAUUUCUUGUUUUUUUGUUUCUUUUAUAGUGUUAUAUAUGCAGUAUCUCUUUCAAAUAUUAUUUUAAAGAUUCCGUUAUAAUUAUAUAUGAUCACACAUACAUUACAUGUGAUGAAGUGUAUCUGUGAAGAUGUGAAGUAAUAUUACAUUACUUUUGAAUGCAGUUAAAGAAACAUAUUUCGUUCUUUUAACGAAGAGACUUGCACAAUUCAUUUGCCAAAUCAAAAGCAAAUUAUUAUGUAUUAUUUUUUCACAUUUUGUCACUAUAAACUAGAGCCGGAUAUAUUUUGUAUAAUUUUAAACCAAUCUUGAGCAGGCAAGCCCAGUGUUUUAUUUGAAUUUUUAAAAGAAAAUGAUAUAGAUUUAAGAAAUUUGAUACAUGUAUUUUCAUUAUCUGUCCUAUAUAAAUUUUCAUUCUGUUGAAAAAAACAUGUUUGAUGAAAAUAAAACAGUAAAUUUUGAUAUUUUGUGAUUUUCAUGAUGAAAAUUUAGCAUUUACUUAAUGGAAGUUCCAUGAAAUUCAUUUGUAUUAUAUUUACAUUGGCCCUAUUUUUUCCAUUAAAAAUUAUAACGUUCAUUUCAUAUGAACAGCUAAAGGUUAAGCGAGAAAGUUACAUCAAUGCUGCCAAAAGAUAACGGGUCACUGUUUUGACAACGUCUGCGUAUAGUCCGGGAGAACGGCCCUAAGAUGACGUCACAGUUGUUCCACCUGGUGAAUAGAAUGACCUGGAAGCUGAUUUUAAUGUUACAUGCAACAGAAUAUGUGCAAUCUAGAAUAUAAUUUAGUUUACAAAUGGAAAGAAACAUAAUGUAAAUAAAAAAUGAUUGUUUUUCGAUGUUCAUGCAAAUUGAAUGACUGAAUAGGAUCAGCAAAUUAAACAUGAAUCGUGAUUCAUGGAUUUGCCGAUCCUAUUCUGACGUUUAUUUCGCAUGAACAUCGGGAAAAAAAUCAUGUUUAAGCUGAAAAACUUUGUUUGUUUAUAGAAUGUCAAUUUUUACCUUUAAAGGCUCAUUGUUGAAAUGAGGAACACCUUUUAAAGCUGUAAUUGCAUGAUAUCUCACUUUUCUGGAAGUUGUUGGUUACAAAGUUAUGUUGGAGUGAUGUAAUAGAAGGUAUAUAAUGUUACUUAUGAAACUGCAAUAAUUUAGUACAUGCGUGUUUAGUGGUGUUAAUUGUAUACAUUUCGUACAUUUUAUAUAAAGCAGUUACGUCAUAUGUUUUUAUAUUAUGGUAUGAAAUACAUCAUUAUAUACAUUUUUGAGAAGGUAAAAAAUGUUCAAAACAUC